CCGAAGAUGGCUCGUGCCCACCCUGGGAUGGAGCCCAGCGCCUGAGGUCCUUACCAUGGUGAUGAUCCUAAGGAAAAGCCUCGACAACCAGGGAGCUGACUCCGUAGCAUGCAGGACCUUCGACCCUGAGCUGCACACGCCAAAGAAGAUGAGUCAAGGACCGACACUUUUCUCUUGUGGAAUUAUGGAAAAUGACAGAUGGCGAGACCUGGACAGGAAAUGCCCUCUUCAGAUUGAGCAGCCGAGUGCCGGCAUCUGGGAGUGUCUGCCCGAGAAGUGUCAGGACAGCGCCCUGUGGCACCGGGAGGCCGCGACCGCCUGCGCCGUGACCAACCUGAUCAAAGACCUCAGCCUCAGCGACCACAACGGGAACCCCUCAGCACCCCCCAGCAAGCGCCAGUGCCGGUCACUGUCCUUCUCCGAUGAAAUGUCCAGCUGCCGGACAUCGUGGAGGCCCUUGGGCUCCAAAGUCUGGACUCCCGUAGAGAAGAGACGCUGUUACAGCGGGGGCAGUGUCCAGCGCUAUUCCAACGGCUUCAGCACCAUGCAGAGAAGUUCCAGUUUCAGCCUCCCAUCCCGGGCCAACGCGCUGUCCUCGCCUUACGACCAGGCGGGCUUCCACCACCGAUUCGGAGGUCAGCCCUGCCAGGGGGCACCAGGCUCGGCCACCUGUGGACAGGCAGGUGACAUCUGGAGCCCCGACCCGAACCCUGUGGGCGGGGGCCGGCUCGACAUGCAGCGGUCCCUGUCCUGCUCCCAUGAGCAGUUUUCCUUUUCGGAGUACUGUCCACCCUCAGCCAGCAGCACACCUGCCUCAACGCCGGAGCUGGCCAGGCGCUCCAGUGGGCUGUCCCGAAGCCGCUCCCAGCCGUGUGUCCUUAACGACAAGAAGGUCGGCGUUAAGCGGCGGCGUCCGGAAGAGACGCAGGAGCAGAGGCCUUCCCUAGACCUUGCUAAGAUGGCGCAGAACUGUCAGACCUUCAGCAGCCUCAGCUGCCUGAGCGCGGGGAUGGAGGACUGCGGCCCGCACAGCCCCUUCGCCCUUCACGUCAGCAGCACCAGGUCCUGGACCGCCUUGCUCUCGGCCUCGGCCUCCAGCCUGGGGGGCAGGACCCCCGCCGGGACCCCGGUCCCCGAGCCUCUGCCCCCGGCCUUUGAUGACCAGCUGGCCUGCAAGGAGGAGCAGUGCUGUGAGGAGGCGGGCGGCUGCGCCCUGGGCGAGGGCUGUGCCAGGAGUUGGGGGCCGGCCUCGGCCUGGCGGGACCGCGGGGCAGCGGGGAACAGCCCCUGCUCCCUGGACGGCGAGUUGGACAUUGAACAGAUAGAGAACAACUGAGGGGCGGCUGGCACUCGGCGGGCAAUCGAGGCGGGGAGCCCCCCUGACGCGAGCUCCCCGGGGGCGUCGGGUCCCGGGAACGGGCACAGUGGCCCCCCCGAGAGGCUGUCCCCCCCGUGGGCCCGGCCACGUUGCCCAGAGGCCCGCCCCUGCCCCUCACCAGCACGGUGGCCCUGGCCAUCGAGCCGCCAGAGCCCAAGAGCAGCUUCCUGGUCUGGGUCCCCCCCGCCCCCGUUCCUCCCCGGCCGCCCCGCCAGGCACCUCGCGUGUCCUGCAGGGCCCUGCUUGGCGUGCGACUGCCGGCGGGGCUGGUGGGGGCGGGCUUGUGCUCAGGUCCAUCUGGCGGUGUCAGGCCCUUCCCGGCCUCCUGCUCAGGUUCAUUUGGGGGGGGUCGGCCCCCCAGCUUCUUUCAGUCCGUUGUACUCCGUGCCUUCUCUCCCAGGUCCCCCUGCUUCAGGCUUGGGAAGGUUCGGGAGACACUUUCCUCUGUAGUAACAUCAGAACCAUUUGGCCUUAAUUCCAAGUGUGGGAGACAGAGGCCCUGGGGUGCCAGGGGGGCUCUCCAUGUCGGAACUGUGGGGGCCUGGGGAACAGCUUGGGCUGCAUGUUAGAGCGUCUGCAUUGGGUAGACGUGGGUGGAUCUGUUGGCCGAAAAGACAGAACUACUUGCCUGUCCUGUGGCGUGGAGAGCCUGAGCCCGUGGCUGUCUGCCGCUCCGGGAGCCGCUUGGGCAGGGUUGGCACGUGGCAGCCAUUCUCUGUGGCCAACCUGUCACCGAGUGAUUAGCUGGAUUCAGGUGAGUGGGGGGAUGUCACCAGUAACGGGUGACCUCUUGAAAACGCGCUCAGGAGGCAGGAGCUGUGAGCAGGUGCCCGCAGCCGGGCCCUGUGCACAUUUCAGGCCUGGGGGAUGUUAGUUGGCUGCUCUGGGGGGCCUGGACUGGGGGCUUGUGAGGCCCCCUGCAGUACUGGAAGCACAUUCGCGCCGGUCGGUGGGACUGCUGGCUUUAAUCAAGGUGUACCGUGCACCCCAGACAAGUGCCCUGCUGGUCGGCGGGGGAGCAGAGUGCCUCCAGCCGCGUCCCUGCUGCCAGGCCAUACUGCGGGCACAGAGUGCGGUGAGCACGCAUCAUCCCCAGCUCCUUGCACCCCUGCGUACUCCCCGCUUGAGGGGAACCCCGCCCCCCUGCCUUCCUGAGGUUUCACUCUCAGGAAGCCCGGCUGGCAGACACACCACACGGGCUCUGCGCUCCUGGAGUCUGACCUGUAGCAAACUUGGCAUCUUCCGCAGACAAUAGCAAUUGGGUCGGCUUAUGAGCCAGUGGCUCCUUUCCCCAUAUGGCUAAAAGUAACUGGUGUAUUCUCUUGAGUUUGCUGACACGUAACAAGGCACGUUGAUAUGGUAGUCUCUUUGCUUUUGCUCAUCUUUUGUGGACAGCAGACGCCUCACUUCCACAGCGUGAGUACGAAUGGUUCUCACCCUUUUUCCACAAAAGACAGACCCUAUUUGGGAAACUCUACUUACACCUUCACAGUUUUACUCGAUCAAAAGCGUGGUGCUCAAGUUCUGAUUUAUAGGUGGUGUUUUUUAAAAUUCAGCCAUAAGAUGCUUGUAGAGAAAAUCUCAACUCCGUGGCGCUCCCAGAUUGUGUUCAAAGCCUCAGGUCGGGUAGCAUCGUGGUUGUGUGGGCACAUGGCAGGUCCUGGGGCCGGAACAGUUGCCCUUCAGUGGCUCCCACCAAAGGCACGUGCCCUCAGGGCCCUGCGGAGCCAAAGCAGGGAGCUGGUGGCCCUGGGUAGACCUGCCAUCUUGCCUGACCUCCACGCAGUGGGCCAUGGAGGCCACAUCUUCUUAGAGCAAACUGAGAGGAGGCCGGGGUUGUUGUUGAGUGACGUCUGGCAGCAUAUGAAUUUGGAGAGCGCAUGCUGGUGCCUCGUGUCCUCAGAAAGCCUGGGGCGGGCAGUACCAGCACCCAGGCCACACCAAGAGUGGCCACAGAGGGAGCAUGGCCUCUAAGGCAGUCUUUCCUGUGGAAGCAGGGGGCAUGUCCUGGUCCACGCCACAGUGAGGGAGUGAGAGCUGAGCCAGAUGGCCUGAGCAAUGACCCCCAGCUGCCUCUCCUCAGGGUCACCUGGGAGGCACAUGGUAGUGGGUGUGUGUCACAGGGCUGUGGGGCUGGUGACCUGCCUUCAGACCCUGCCUGCCAACCUUCCCCCUUCUCAGGCCUGGUGGCAAAGAAGGCCAAGCCUUCCCGCCUUCUUUCAGGCUGGUCCCAUUGACCCACAAACCCAGUCCCAGGGCACUUUCGGGCAGAAGGUACCCCCGCCAAGGCAGGGUUUGGCCCUCCAGCCUCCUCAGGCCCCUCUGCCGUCCUCACUGCCACCAAAGCUCCUAGCCCAAGCCCACAGCAGCAGCAGUGGGGGGAGAGAAUGGCCAUUGUCCUUCUGCUCAGAGAAAGAAACGCCCUUCAGUCAUUUCACGUUAAUCUCUGAUUGGAGAGCGCGGACUCCGGUAGCAGGUGCCGCCCGCCGUCCAGGCAGGCAUGUCGUGCUCCAUCCCGCUGACACCAGGACUUCUGGUCUGGAGGUUCUUGGAGGGAGGCUCACCCAAGGGGCUCCCUCUGACUGUGCGUGGCUGUCCCCACGUGGCCGUGGGUGGGCUGGCAGGCUCCGGGUGCAGUAGCCCCACCGUCAUCCAGGCCCUGCCUCUCCUGGGGGAAGCCCGUGAGCUCCCGCCUCUGAAGGGAGACCCAGGAAGUUCUGAGCCAGGAGGGAGGGCUGAACCAAGCCGCCUGGCUGCCAGUGGGGGGGGACCUUGAAGGACAAGCGCUGGAUCAUGGCUCCAGGGGGCGGGGUGGGGAGGAGAGGCUCCCUGUCGUGUGCAUCCCUGCCUACUCCAGAGGGAGCAUUGUGCAUGGCCGCAGGCUGCCCAGAGCUGCCGUCUGCCUGCAGGGCCUGGGCCGGCCGGGGUCAGGGCCGUCGCCUCACCGUUUACCACAAACCCUCUUGCCUUACUUGCGGUGGAGGCCAGGCCGGCGUCGGGCCACAGGCAGACAUCAGGCCAUGGGGCACAUGCCGAUCAUCAUAGACUCUCAUUCUCAGAAAGCCUUACUUGUCAUCGAAAUGUUUGUAGCAGGAACGUUGUAUGAAUUUGUACGCUGAAAGAAAAUUUAAAUAAAGGAAAAGUCCACACUGAAAAGAAAACAAACCCAAAUGUCCAAAUGGGUUUCCUAGUGCCCGGGGCGGCGUGCGAUCUCCGGGCUCCGGCUGAGGCCGCCCGAGGGGGCGUUCAGGGCACUGCGGGUCUGAGCGAGCUUCCAUGGUAUUUAAAACCCACCCCUGGAUGCUCUGCCGCAGGCCCGGGCUGCGCCUCCACGUCCGCCCGGGAGGUUAAAGCCACGUGCACUCUGUGGCCUUGGGGCCGUUCCCUGAACGAUGACCGCUUCGGGCCUGGGCCCUGGGCGUGAGCGGUGGCCCUGGGGCUCGGCCCGGCCGUGGCUGGCGUGGCCCAGGCACUCUGCCCCGCGUAUAGGUCGUGAGGCCGCCUCUUGCCACAUCCGCACACUGGGUCUAGCCCCUCCUAUUGGCUCCAGGCAGAGAAAACACUGCCUGAUCUUUGAAAAGAAAAGAUAAUGGAGAAAACCCCGCCAGACCACAGCAGAGAUCCUGUAGCCUAAGUAGGGUAGUCUGAUCUAGCAUAGCCUCUUCGGCAAAUAAGUUGUUUUCAGUGCGUGGGGGAGAGGCCCCGGGGGCGCGGGGGCUGCGCGUGCUCCCCCAUCCCGUCGCCCGGGGCGGGUCCUGCGUGUGCACCGCGCUGGGCCCGCGCGCCCCCUCCGCCCACGGCUGCCUGUCGUCCCACGCGGGCCACGACUGCCUCGCACUAGAGCCGCUCUAGUCUCUCAGGAAUUUGCUUGUUACUCUUACUGUGUAAAUAAAGCUUCCUGGUUCAGCACCCA